CUUGGCGGGAUCAUUUGAGCGCGCGAGCGAGCGAGCGAGAAAGAAGUUGGAGGGAAACGUCGGCGAGGUGUUUGUGCUUCGCUUCCAGGGUAAGGGCUGAGCCGGCAGAGCAGACGUGGCGCCUCUGCGAGAAGAAGUGGCACCAGAGAAACAUUUCCUUCGGGGCUGUAUCAGGACCUGUUGCCAUGACUUCAAAACGGAAAUCACUGAGAUCGGAUGCUCGUGGUGAAGAUCUGAUAGAAGAAUUACCGAAAGCAAAGAAGUCUCGGAUUUUUGGUAAGAAAAGUUCUGUUCCCCAAGAUGGAGUUGUGGAGAACAACACUGUUUUUGGACAACUUCUCAAGACAGCAGGGAUUAUCCUGAAAGCUGGAGAGAGGCAGAAUGAAAUUGCUGUGGAUGGAGCAAUAUUCCAGAAGAAGUUACAUCAAGCAUUGAGGAAGCACCCUUCUUAUCCACAGAUUACUGAAGAGUUCAUCAGUGGGUUUGAAUCCCACAUUGAAAACCGAGAUCAGUUCAGAAAUUGUCUACUACCUUGUGUACCUGCGCAAAGUCAGGAAACAAGUAAUGCAAUCCAUUCAUACUGUGAAAGUCUCGUUAAGCUGCUGCUUGGAAUUGAGAUGUUGCAGCCUCCUGUUAUAAGGCUGCUAUUUGAAAAACUCCCUGAAUUUUUUCAUGAAAGUGUGGGCAGUGAUGGACUCAAUUUGCCUCGACUCAUCAUCAGUCAAUUAAAAUGGCUUGACAGGAUAGUAGAUAGUAAGGAUCUUGUAUUGACAAUCAUGCAGAUGAUUUGCGUUUCUCCUCCACCAAUCCAACAUGACAUUAUCACAAGUUUGCCAGAAAUCCUGGAGGAUGCCCAGCAUAGUGAAAUUGCUAGAGAGCUUAGUUCUUUGUUAAAGGAGAAGACUGAGCUAACUGUUCCAAUCCUGGAUGCUCUUUCCAGUUUGAAUCUUGAUUCGGGACUCCUGUCUGAGGUUCGUCAAUCUGUCAUGGUUACAGUGUCUGCUGUUAAAAUGGAAGAUUUGCCUGUGGUAGUUAAAUUUGUUCUCCGUUCUAUCAAGGCUGCUGAUGCGAUAGAGGUACUUUCUGAUCUUCGUAAGAAGGUGGACCUGGACUCAUGUGUUUCACUUCCACGGAUUCAGGCUUCCCAGAGCAAGCUCAAGAGCCAGCCUCAGACAAGUCUUUCAGCAAGCCAAGUGAACAUUAACCAGGAUUGUGUGAAGCUCCUUUUUGAAGUAAUAAAGUCAGCUGUAAAAUUUGAGAAGACCGUUUCAGAAGGCUGGAUUAAGGCUAUUGAGGAUGUUUCUUCUGCUUCUGACCAUAAGGUUCUGGAUCUGAUCGUGCUGCUAAUUAUCUAUACUACGAAUGCCAAGAGCAAGAAGCCAAUUGAGAGAGUGCUGAGGAACAAGAUUAGGCUGGGUUACAUGCCAGAACAGCUGCUGCGGAAUGCAUUCCGAUCCCACUCUCUGGUUAUGAGAGAUCUCUUUCCAGCUGUACUCUCACUGGCUGAGAAUUGUGUGCACUCAGCAGACCCCUGCGUUGUUUCCUUUGGAAGCUGUCUGUACAAGCAAGCGUUCACAGCUUUCGACUCCUAUUGCCAACAGGAGAUUGUGGGUGCCUUGGUCACACACGCAUGUGGUGGCAACGGUGUUGAAGUCGAUCUCUCUCUGGAUAUGCUCACUGACCUGGUGUGUCUGCACACGUCUUCCCUCGCUCCGUAUUCAGUCUUUCUAAAGAGCAUUCUGGAUUAUAUGGAUAAUUUAAGUCCACAGCAAAUACGAAAGCUGUUCCACAUUCUUAGUGUGUUGGCAUUCAGCCAGGGGCACAAGAGCAGUCACAUUCAAGAUGAUAUGCACAUGGUGAUUAGAAAGCAACUUUCUAGCACUAUUCCCAAGUAUAAGCGUAUUGGGAUUAUUGGUGCCGUUACUAUGGUGGGCAGUAUGGCGGCAAAGAGGAGUAAAGAAAAUGGGCAGAUCCUGGAACGGCCACAACUGAGCAAGGACCAGUGUAGACAGAUUACAUCUUUGUUGGAAUUGGUGUGCUCCUGCUGUGGGCAGGUUUCUGAAGCCUUGGCUCUGUACUAUGAUGAGCUUGCCAGUUUGAUUCAGAAAGGGAAUCUGGAUUUGCAGAUCCUGGAAUGGAUGGGGAAUAGUGUGGCCAAGGACUUUGAGGGCGAUUUUGUGACAGAUCUUGUCGCUACAGAGGACAGUGCAUUCCUGUUCCCAGUAAAAGCCCUGUAUUGCUUAGAAGAGGAAGAGAGUGAGGCCACAAUUGCUAUAAACUUAUUGCCUCUGCUGUCCCAGAACUAUCUAUGUAACAAUGUGGAUGAAAUAGCAGCAAAAAGCAAAGAAAAAAGGCUCGUGUCUCCAUUGUGCCUGUCGCCAUUCUUUCGCCUGCUCAGGCUCUGCGUAUCGGAACUGAAUAAUGGGAAUUUGGAGGAUAUCGAUGCCUUAUUAGUGUGCCCUUUAUAUCUGACCAACCUGGAAGUAGGAGGAAAGUUAGACUCCUUGUCAAAGCAAGAACGCGAAUUCCUUUGCUCACUCUUAUUUUAUGCCCUUAACUGGUUCCGUGAGGUUGUCAAUGCCUUCUGCCAACAAAAAGAUCCUGAGAUCAAAGGAAGAGUUUUGGCCCGGUUACAGAACAUUACAGAGUUACAGAGUCUGCUGGAAAAACAUCUAGCAGCAAACCCUGGGUAUAUUCCUCCUCCUGCAAAUUUUGAUUCCGAAACUUCGGAAGGAAUACCUGUUGUCAAUACCGCUGGUGCCUCUAAAAAGAAGAGCAAAGGACAAAAACUAUCAAAACCCAAUAGCAGCAAGAAUAACUCUUCAGAGAACUCACAACUGGAGGAGAACAUAGAACCCAAUCAGCCUGAAUCUGAGGCCAGCCAAUUAGACAAGGACUCCCCAGAUAAAGAAGGAGGAAUGCCUUUGGUGCAGAUACAGAGUUAUAGCAUGUAUUUCCGUGAAUUAGACUUGGACGUCUUCACCAUUCUUCACAGUGGGCUGCUCACCAAAUCUGUUUUGGAUACAGAGAUGCACACAAAGACCCGUGAAGUCGUACAGAUCGGACCUGCAGAGCUCCUGUUUCUUUUAGAAGAUCUGUGCCGUAAACUGGAACAUGUGUUGACCCCAGGCCCUGCAAAGAGAGCUCCUUUCUUGAAGGGAAAAGGAAAUAGAAAUGUUGGAUUCUCACAUCUAUGUCAAAGAACAUCUCAAGAAGUGGUUGGGUGUGCUGUUGAACUCUUAAAGCCCCUAUGCAACCACAUGGAAAACAUGCAUAAUUACUUCCAGGCACUGACUGCAGAGAACCAUGGGGUGGUUGAUGGCCCCCGGGUCAACAUUCAGGAAUACCAAUUAAUGGCAUCCUGUUACCAGCGCUUACUGCAAGUUUUUCACCUUCUGCUUGCCUGGAGUGGAUUUUCUCAACAUGAAAACCAUGGCUUGCUGAAAUUGGGUCUUCAUGUGUUUGCAGACAGACUCAAGCCAGGCGAGAGAGAGCUCCCUCUUGAAGAACUGCUCAGCCAAGGUUUUCAGUACUUAAUAAACUUCCAAAGCAGUGUUCCCAAUAUUUAUUGUGCACUGAGUCUCACUCAGCUUCUACUUGUGAUUGCGGAAAAAUCUGUGGCCAGACUGAAAAAGAAUGAAAUAGGUAACGUGCACAGAAAUUACUUCCUUUGCCAGUCUUGGGUGCUACCCAAUGGAGCUCGUCAAAAGGGCACCCAAUUUAACGAUGCUCUCCAUACUUUGUUUUGUAUAUACAUGGAGCACACAGAUAAUAUAUUGAAAGUUAUAGAAGACAUUUCCACCAUUGGGAUUCCAGAGCUGAUGGAGUCUAAAGAUGGAUACUCUUCCACUUACCCUACAUUGACCAGGCAAACCUUUCCCAUUUUCUUCCGGGUGAUGAUGACUCAGCUAGAGAAUUCAGUGAGAAGCAUUCCUACUGGAACAUCCUCGGAUUCCAGUGAGGUUCAGCUGGAGAAGCUGCUACAGUGGAACAUGGCUGUGCGGGAUUUCCACAUUCUUGUUAACUUAGUAAAGGUCUUUGAUAGCAGACCAGUACUCAGUGUCUGUCUGAAGUAUGGUCGUCUCUUUGUGGAAACAUUCUUGAAGCAUGGCAUGCCCCUCCUGGACUGCAGCUUUAAAAAGCACAGGGAAGAUGUGCAGAGUUUGUUGAAAACCUUGCAGCUGAGCACCAGGCAACUUCACCACAUGUGUGGCCAUUCCAAGAUUCAUCAAGACACGGGACUCACCAGCCACGUACCUCUACUAAAGAAGUCCCUCGAGCUGUUUGUAUACCGAGUGAAAGCAAUGUUGGCUCUCAAUCAUUGUCAGGAGGCCUUCUGGGUGGGCGUCCUCAAAAAUAGGGAUCUACAGGGAGAAGAAAUCCUUUCGCAAGCAUCCCAGGCAAGCGAGAUGGAGGAGGAAGGGGAGGUUUCCAGGAUCAGCAGAGAGGAUCCUGUUGAGGAGCAGAGGCAAGAGGGAAGAUUCAGAAAGCGAAAACAGGAUAAAUCUUAAAGAUAGUGAUGAAGACAGCCCUGAUUAAAAUGGACUAUAUCCCAGGAUUAACUCCUUGGGACACAGUUACUGGGAUGUGUAAGAUAAAAGAAGUAUUUUUCGGAAGAAUACUGAAACUUGUCAGACUAACAAAGCUUUUCUGCCCCCGUGAGUUUAUUACUGAAAUCUAAGCAUGGAUAAGUGGGGUGGAGUAGAGCAUGAAAUAAAAGAAAUGUGGUUUGAUGUUCUUUAAAUAUUCAGCUAUCUCUAGAAAGAUUUUCACCUUGGAAAUCAAAAUACUGAGCAUUUUUCACCCUUGCCUGCAAGUCCAUCUGUCUUCCCCUACAUCAUACAUUUUGUUCCCUAACCACCACAUCUUGACACUGCCAAGCAAAUCUUAAAAUAUUUACUGUAGUUGUCUCUCUAAGAAUUCAUUUUUUAUGUUAAGAGAUCUUCAGGUACAGGUAAAUAUUAUUUUAUGGUACCUGAACAUCUUUUGUAUGCUAUCAAUUUGCAUUUAUAAAUUCCUUUGAUCUAAGAAUCUACUAGUGAGAGAUGUUUUGAUCCCUACCAGGAACAGGGAACCUAUCUUGUGACUACAGUUCCCAUUGUACCUCACCAGGGGUUAGGGUGGCUAGGGCUGAUGAAAGGUGCACACAUUUUGAUGAGGGUCAUAUCUUGCCUAUCACUGAUGUUGAUCUUGCAUUGGCAGCAGAAAAGCACCUUAACAUCAGAAUUAAGAAACAGCUGUUCGGGUUUAUUUGUGAUCUCAUGCAACUGUAUCAACUGUAUUAAAGACAUGCCUUCUUGAACAGAUAUGCGUUUCAAGCUUAAAGUAUAUUUAAAGUUAAAAUGAUGUUAAAUAUAUUGAAGAAGCAAAUGUGUUACUCAGAGAUUAUAAACUAAAGUUUUGUUAGUAUCUCAUUCUGAUAGGACGGCAGUGGUUCUUAGAAUAAAGAGCAACUCCUGAUUUCCAAGCCCAAAUAUGGAUCCCUUCACUUUUGAGUAAACAGCACUUUUAUUUACUUUUUGAUCACAAUACAAAGAAGCUUUCAUGUGUUUACGUCCAUGUGCUUAAAUGUAAUGUAUGUGCUUAAGCCUGUCUCACAUUGUGAUUUUUGCUUUUAUGCACUUUUAGAAUGAAAUACUCUGUUUUAAGACUUCCUUCUGUAAAAUCACUGAACUGAGAACAAUAGCAAAAAUAUUUCUAUUUACCUACAUCUGUUCAUUAAAAGAUUCCAGAAUGCUACUUUCCAUAAAUAAAGUAUUUUCAUUUGGAGGGGUUUUGUGUUAUAUAUGAGAACGUGUAUUAAAAUGGUUGGUAUUUUAUUUACCCAUUUACUAAAUAAAGUAAAUCUCAACAUGCUA